GCUGAGCCCCUCACCAUGACCCAGGCCUUCUGGCGGCUCUACAAGACCAAAGUGCUGCAGACCCUGGGAGGGGCACGGGCAGAUGGGGCCGUGCAGGAAGAGGGAGACCCCCCCAAACUGAUGGAGACGCCCGAGCCCCCCUCGCUGAUGGAGGACGGAGCCAGCCCCGUGUCCCAGCUGGCGAGGAAGGUGCAGGGGGUGGGUGCCCGGGGCUGGAGGACAUUUUCGUCCCUUUUCACCCGUGAGGACGAGCACCAGCUGCUCAGCCCGGAGCCCUGCGCGGACCACCCACUGGCUGCUUCGCCACCCGAGCCACCCCCCUCCGAGAAGGCGCCCGGUUUUUGGGAUCUCUUUGCUACCAAGUGGCAGCAGGCAGCGGGGCCGGAGAAGGGGGUGACCCCCCCGGAGCCAGAGGAGAGCCCCGGGGAGCCACCGGGUGACGAUGGCAACGACCUGCGGGAGCCGGAGGAAGGAGUCUUCCACUGGAGCUUCCUGACCAGCAAACUGGCUGAAAUCGGGAAUAAAAAUGCCCCCAAGGGCAACUAG